GAUGGUGGCGGAUUUACAGAUGGAAAAUUGAAUAAAAGAAAGAAAGAAAAGGGUUUGGGGAGAUGACGAUGAUCUGGUGCUGCGUUAUUUAGGCGAGAAUAGGAUCCUCCUCUAUAUUUCUUCUUCUUCUUCUUCGGAUCGUAUUUCUCUCUGUCCAGCCUACAUACAAAUCAGGAUUAAGCCGGGACUCUCUGCUGGAUUAGGCAUUCUCUUGUGUAGGAUGGAUUUUGAGAUCAUUUAGAUGGACUUUUAUUGACAUUUUGACUUUUGAGAGUGUUUUUUUUUUACAGAAAACUAGUACUGUGUGAAAAUUACCUGUAAAUGUAUGUAACAUUCUAGAAUUUGUUACCCUUUGAUUAAGCAAUUGCAGCUGCAGUUUGGUCUGAAUCUAUUUGGGAUCUCAUUUCAUCCUUUAAGAAGUAUAAUUUAGAAUCUGCUCAAACUUUGUAGAUUUAUAAUCGUAUAUUUGCAGACAGGAAUGACAUGAACUUUUAAUUCUGGUUGCUUGAUCAUUUUGAGUUCUGGAAAUUCAGAUUGCUGCAAUCAAAUGGAGAAUUUAGCACAACUGGAAGCCUUGUGUGAGAGACUUUACAAUUCACAGGACUCAGCUGAACGAGCUCAUGCAGAAAAUACUCUGAAAUGCUUUUCCAUCAACACUGAUUACAUUUCACAGUGCCAAUACAUUUUGGACAAUGCCUCGACCCCUUAUGCAUUGAUGAUGGCUAGUUCGAGCUUGCUGAAGCAAGUGACUGAGCAGCACCUUCCUUUGCAGCUACGGAUUGAUAUUCGGACCUACAUAUUAAAUUACUUAGCCAGCAGAGGACCUGAGUUGGAGAACUUUGUAAUCACUUCCAUAAUUCAGCUCUUUUGUCGCAUCACAAAGUUUGGGUGGUUUGAUGAUGACAGCUUUAGAGAAGUGGUUGGAGAGGCGACAAAGUUCUUGAAUCAGGCCACUCCUCACUAUGCUAUUGGCUUGAAGAUCUUGAGUGAGAUGAUUAGUGAAAUCAAUCAGCCAAAUCCUGGUUCACCUUCAACACACCAUAGAAGGGUGUCAAACUCCUUCAAGGAUCAGUCACUUCUUCAAAUUUUUCGAAUAUCUUUGACAUCAUUGUGUCAACUUAAAGAUGAAGCAGGAAGUAAGCUACAAGAACUGGCUCUUACUCUGUCUCUCAAAUGCUUAUCAUUUGACUUUAUGGGGUCAUCAUUAGAUGAAAGUUCAGACGAUGUUGGCACCAUUCAGAUUCCAUCUUCAUGGAGGCCGGUCAUUGAAGAUCCCACAACAAUGCAGAUUUUCUUUGAUUACUAUGCCAUUACUAAAGCCAGUCUGUCAAAAGACGCUUUGGAGUGUUUAGUACGUUUGGCUUCUGCAAGGAGGGCUCUGUUCACAAAUGAUGCAUCACGCUUGACAUAUCUUGCUCACUUAAUGACUGGAACUAAAGAAAUCCUUGAAACAGGAAAAGGUCUAGCUGAUCAUGACAAUUAUCACGAGUUUUGUCGUCUUCUAGGACGAUUUAAAGUGAACUACCAGCUGUCCGAGCUUGUCACCAUGGAGGGCUACAGUACAUGGAUACAUUUAGUUGCAGAGUUCACAUUGAAGUCUCUACAAUCAUGGCAGUGGGCCAGUGGAAGUGUAUACUACCUACUGGGGCUGUGGUCUAGAUUGGUGGCAUCUGUUCCAUAUUUGAAGGCUGAUGUACCAAAUCUGCUGAAUGAAUACGUGCCUAAGAUUAUUGAGCAUUUUAUCUCGUCAAAGUUUGACUCUGCUCAGGCUGGAUUGCCAGAUGAUCUAUCAGAGGACCCACUGGACAAUGCUGAACUGCUUCAGGAUCAGCUUGAAUGCAUUCCAUAUCUUUGCAGAUUCCAGUAUGGUAGCUGCAGCCUGUAUAUAAUGCAGAUAACUGACCCCAUCCUUCAGAUAUAUAUGGAAGCAGUAAGCCUCCCAGCCAACAAUGAGCUUGUUGUGAUUGAAACAAAACUGGCUUGGAUAGUGCAUAUAGUUGCGUCAAUUGUCAAGAUGAAGCAAUUUAGUGGUGUAAGUGAAGAUUCUCAAGAAAUACUGGAUGCAGAACUUUCAGCACGAGUCUUGCGGUUGAUAAAUAUUACAGAUUGCGGGUUACAUAGUCAGAGAUAUGGUGAGGUUACCAAGCAAAGAUUGGACCGGGCAAUACUUGUAUUCUUCCAAAAUUUUAGGAAAUCAUAUAUUGGCGAUCAAGCCAUACACUCUUCUAAGCAAUUGUAUGGGCGAUUAUCUGAGCUUCUUGGACUUAAUGAUCACCUGCUCGUACUUAAUGUUAUUGUUGGGAAGAUCGCUACAAAUCUGAAAUGCUAUGUGGAGAGUGAUGUGGUUAUUAAUCACACUUUGAGUCUCUUUCUCGAGAUGGCGAGCGGAUAUAUGACAGGCAAGAUGCUUUUGAAGUUGGAUACAGUUCAAUUCAUAAUUUCACACCAUAAUAGGGAGCACUUUCCAUUCUUGGAGGAUUUUAGAUGUUCACGUUCAAGGACAUCAUUUUAUUACAUCAUUGGCCAGUUGAUAUUCAUGGAAGACAGCCUUCCAAAAUUUAAAUCAUCAAUGGAUCCUCAUAUGAAGGUUUUUGUUGGUCUGGAAACAACACCUGAUGGAAUGUUUCGGAUGGAUACCGUUAAAUAUGCAUUGAUUGGACUGAUGCGGGAUCUCAGAGGAAUUGUGAUGGCAACAAAUAGUCGCCGAACAUAUAAUUUCCUUUUCGAUUGGUUGUAUCCAGCUCGCAUGCCGCUUCUUCUGAGAGCAAUUACACAUUGGUAUGACACGCCAGAGGUGACAACCCCCUUAUUGAAGUUGGUGGCAGAGUUUGUUCUGAACAAGUCCCAACGACUGACUUUUGACUCAUCAUCUCCUAAUGGCAUACUGCUUUUCAGAGAAGUCAGCAAAUUAAUUGUUGCAUAUGGGUCCCAAAUCUUAUCAUUUCCCAAUUUCCCUGAUAUGUACACAUUCAAGUACAAGGGUAUAUCAAUUGUGUUGUCUAUAAUGUCCAGAGCACUUGCUGGGAACUACGUGAACUUUGGUGUUUUUGAACUAUAUGGUGAUAGAGCACUAUCAGAUGCUCUCGACAUCAUCAUAAGGAUGAUACUGUCAAUUCCUUUGCCUGAUAUACUGGCAUAUCGGAAGCUGAGAGGAGCGUACUAUGGAUUCCUGGAGGUUUUAUUGAAUAGCCAGAUAUCUUUCGUACUAAAAGCAGAUGCAAGUACUUUCAGAUACAUUGUUGGUUCACUUGAAUCGGGCCUUACAGUAUUAGAUACAAAUAUCUUGUCACAGUGUGCAUCUGCUAUUGAUAAUUUGGCUACUUUCUAUUUCAACAAUAUCACUCUUGGGGAGUCCCCUUCUUCACCAGCUGCUCUUGGCCUUGCUCGGAAUGUUGCAGAUUGCCCUGACGUAUUUCCGGAGAUUCUGAAAACGCUUUUUGAGAUCAUACUUUUUGAGGAUUGCGGCAACCAUUGGAGUCUUAGUCGGCCAAUGCUGAGUUUGAUGCUUCUAAGUGAAGAGAUGUUCACAAAUCUGAAAGCUCAGAUCUUGGCUUCACAAGCAAGAGAUGAGCAUGGUAGGCUAUCAUUGUGUUUUGAUAAACUUAUGGGAGACAUGAGUCGGAGUUUAGACAACAAAAACAGAGACAGGUUUACUCAGAAUCUCACCAAGUUCAGGAAUGAAUUCCGCAAUAGAUGAUGUAUCACAUUUUUUUUUUUCUUUUUUUCCUUCCCAGAAUUCAGAUUAUGGUUGGUUCUGUUGCUUUUGUUUUAGCAACCUCUCUCCCAUUCCCUAAUCCUCUACUAAUGCUUUUAUAUUUGUAAAGAGAGGAACAUCAAAUGCAUUUCACACUUUUCACAUUCAAUAUAAAUGUUUUUUUUUUUUA